AUGCACCCCGAGGUCUGGGAACCAGCGGCAGGCCGGGGAGCGGAGCAGAACUGCGCCGUGGAACCCGGCGGGGAGGCGUCUGCGGGGGACCACGAGAGCGCAGGCCAAGGGAGCCCCAAGGAAGAAACCAUCGAGCCCAAGGAAACAUGUGUGAGUCCUGCUGACACAUCCUCCCAAAGUGAGCAGAAACGAGCUGGUGAUGGCAGGUCACACAGUUGCUCAGCCCACCCACGAGAUGACAAGGAUGACCACAGCCCCAGAAUGACUAAAAGUGUCUUACAAAAACUCUGCAAGCAACAUAAGCUUUACAUUACCCCUGCCCUGAAUGACACGCUGUAUUUACACUUCAAAGGCUUUGACCGCAUCGAGAACUUGGAAGAAUACACGGGACUGCGCUGUCUGUGGCUGGAGUGCAACGGGAUCCAGAAAAUCGAGAACCUGGCUGCCCAGACUGAGUUGCGGUGCCUCUUCCUGCAAGUGAACUUGAUUCACAAAAUCGAAAACCUAGAGCCGCUGCAGAAACUGGAUGCUCUUAACCUCAGCAACAAUUACAUCAAGACUAUUGAAAACCUCGCCUGCCUUCCAGUCCUGAACACACUACAGAUAGCGCACAACUGUCUGGAGAGCGUGGAAGACAUUGAGCAUCUGAAGGCCUGCAUGAAACUCUGCGUCCUUGACCUCUCCCACAAUAAGCUGAGCGACCCAAAGAUCCUGAGCGUGCUGGAGAGUGUGCCCGACUUGCGUGUACUGAGCUUGACGGGGAACCCAGUUAUUAAGCACAUUCCUAAUUAUCGGAGGACAGUAACUGUUCAACUAAAACACUUAACAUACCUGGAUGACAGACCUGUUUUUCCCAAGGACAGAGCCUGUGCAGAGGCCUGGGCGCGAGGAGGGUACGCAGCUGAGAAAGAGGAGAGACAGCUGUGGGAGAGCAGAGAGCAGAAGAGGAUUGCGGACAGCAUCGAAGCCUUGGCGCGGAUCAAGCAGCGGGCUGCGGAGCGCAGACGGCAGAGAGAAGCCCAAGAGAAAGGGGAGACCCUGCUGCCAAAUGACAACAAGGAAGUGGGUGCAGAGGAGGAAGGAAAGAAAGUGCUUCCUGCAGACCAAGAAAUGCAGCAGAAAAUGGAGACGUUCAUUAAGGAGAGCUUCGAGGCGAAGGACGAGCUCUUCCCAGAAGAGUCCAGUGGAAAGAGAUGGCCACAUGCAGAGGAAGGCGGGGAGUUGGACAGUGCAGAUCUAGAGCAGGGGGACUCCCUUGACAGGGUCUACCAAGCUCCCUGGGGCCUGCCAACUGAAGACACGACUCCCCACGUGAUGGCUGCUGAACGGGUAUUUGGUUCAGAACUUGAGAGAGCCGAGGAUAUAGAAACCGUGGAACUGGAGGCCAAGGACAAGCUCUGCAUUGAUGACCUACCAGACCUGGAGGAUGUCGAUGCCUGUGAACUUCUCGGCGACGAGGACAAGAACACAUGCUUCCCAAAGAUUGAAACACUUCCCAGCUUGAGCGACAACAGUGACCCAGAAGGAGACUGUGCGACACUCCCGGUGUUGGAAAGCGCACCUGCAGACACCCUCUCAAAUAUAUUCGCAACUCCUAGAGACACCCUCAAGAAGCAUGAGAUCCCCUUCAUGGACAUAUUUAAACUAGAAGCAGAGAGGGACUCGGAUGUCCAAAGUAAGGACACGGAGUCCUCCCGACCACUGAUCCAGGAACUCAGUGACAUGCCUGUAGACCAGCUGCCACCGGCUUUGAUCUACGAGACAGAUGCCAGGCCAGGCCUUGCCAGUGCUGGGGACAGCACCAUGUCUCCAGCCUCUCCACCAGGUAACGCUACCCUGCUCAAGGUGAUAGUGGAUGGCUCUGUGCAGAGAUGA